GAUGGAUACAAAGAAAUUAAGUAAAAUAAUAGAGUUAAUUUUCUUAUCGAUUGCUGUAAGAAUACAUGAAUAAUAUUUGAAAGUGGUUAUCAGUAUUAGCCUGUUUAAUCAGAACAGAUUUUAAUUUUCCAUUUGCUUUCUUUUGCUAUUAUUUAUGGAUUUCAAGAGAUGACAAAGCUAAUUCUUUAAUGGUAAUCAUUUUAUUGCUAUAUGAUUAGUUAAUGGUAUUGAAUGGAAUCUUAAUUUUGGUUGAUUUAAUAUGGUUAUUGUCAGUUGGAUCAAUUUGGACAGCCACAGAAAAAAAUAAUCCUGUUUGGGGUAGAUUACAUGGUCUCCAUGUCUUUGUAAUAUUCAUUAGUAUUGUAAAUGCCUUAUUAAAAGUAUAAUGAUUAAUUUAAUAUCUAUAGGUAGGAGCUAUUGUAGCAAUAAAUUCUUAUAGAGGGAAUUAACAAUAAGUUGGUAAAUAAUAAAUUAUUAUAUUAGCUGGUCCAAUUGGAACUUAGAAUCCAUAAUAAAGUGGAUUUAAUGAUAUGUCUUAAAAUAGAUAAUAACCAUAUGCAUAAUUUUGAU